AUGGCAGCAAAUUGGAACGAAUUGCUCGGGGAGCAUUUGCUCAAACACGACGAGUCAAAUCAAUUUUUAACGAAACAGCUAGAUGGCAAAACUGUAGCACUCUAUUUUUCAGCUCAUUGGUGUCCACCCUGCCGCAAUUUCACACCAAAACUAGCUGAAAUCUACAAAAAAGUUCAAUCUGAACUGCAAGAUAAAUUGGAUGUUGUCUUUAUUUCGUGUGAUGAAGAUCAGAAUAGUUUCGAUGAUUAUUUUAAAGAUAUGCCAUGGAAAGCAUUGCCAUUCUCUGAUCGUGCUCGUUCUAAAUCAUUAGGCGAAAAAUUUGAAGUUGGUGGCAUUCCAUGUUUGGUUGUUCUCACGCCAGCAUGUGAUGUUCUUACUGUUGACGGCGUUGAAGAAGUGCAAUCAGCAUCUGAUGAAGCUGUGCGAUUGUGGUCACAAGGGAAACGUCUCUUCUGGACGCGUCCACCAAAUGAAGGUGAACAUGUGUGGAACGGUGUCUCAUGCACUUUAUGUCACAUGUAUCCCAUUGCCGGAGUACGUUAUGGUUGUCCUCAUCGGGAUUGCGAAAUAAACUUGUGUAACGAUUGCAUUUGCAAAUAUACGCAUCAACAUAGUAUUGUGGAGUAUCUUAUACCUGGAAAACAAUACUCAUUUGAACAAAUAUUUGCUUCAGUACCUCAUCUACUUGGCCCAACACAUGAUGAACGAAUUGAAACAAAAACACUAUGGGAAAAUACUCCCAAAACUAUUGGUAUAUAUUUCUCUGCUGAUCGAUGUCCGCCAGAUCGUGAUAUGACAUCAACAUUAGCCCAAUACUAUCUAGAAGCACACGCGAGCGAACAUCCAUUUCAAUUAGUUUUUGUAUCAAGAGAUAACAAUGAAGAAUCGUUUAACAAAUAUCGUGCUCAAAUGGCAUGGCCUGUUUUUCCGUUCAAUACUGAAGCUGCACUGGUAGAAUAUUUUCAAUAUCCGCCCAUGCCAUCAUUGAUGAUUAUUAAAGCCGAUGGAACCAUUAUGACUCGUCGUGGUCGUAAUUAUGUUUUAAGUAAAGGAGUUGAAGCUCUGAAAGCAUGGGCACAAGGAGAAAAAUUGCCUCCUCUACCGGCAACUGAAUUCGAAUGGUCGGGUGUCUAUUGUGAUAGAUGCGAAAUGUCCCCUCUGAUCGGCCAACGUUAUUAUUGUUCGACAUGCGGUAAUUAUGAUCUCUGCUCAGCUUGUGAAAAGAAAGGUCACGAUCAUCCAUUAGAACUUAUACCGCAACCCGCUGAUGAUUAA